UCCUGACCUUACCGCCUCCCUCCUGAUGCUGUUGAUAUAGGACGCAUCUUCCCCUUCCGUCAUUCGUUACCUACCUCCUUCCUCACCACCGCUUCACUCUUUCAGCGGGCGUUCGUUCCUUGUGAUUGGAUAUACACAGAAAACAAAAUCGAAUCGAUUAGCUUUUGGCAACGUUAGGAGUCAUGAAGGCGACGAUUGUAGCAGCUGCGGCUGCGGUUCUCACUGGAGGUGUGAGUGCUGGCCACAACCAUCGCCACGCCCACGACCUGUUCAAGGCCGUCAAGAGGGGGUAUAAUGAGAGCGAAGUCUGUGUUCCCGGCUGCACAACCAUCUACACCACCGUCACCGGCGAGCCAACCCUCUACACCCCUCCUGCUCCUCCUUCGACCUACGUUCCUGUAGAGCCGACUCCGACAUACGUACCGGUGACAACAUACGAGGGCCCCAUAACCGUCCCGACGCCGAUCGCCCAGACCUGCCCGACUCCCGGCACUUACACAUUCCCAGCCACGACCGUGGUGGUGACCGAGACCACGACAGUGUGCGGUGCCUCGACAACCCUGGUUCCCAGCGGCACACACACCCUCGGAGGAGUGACCACUGUUGUUGAGACUGCCACUACCAUCGUCUGCCCGUAUGCUACCACAAAGACCGAGGGCAACGUUGUCACCAGCGUUAUCGAGACGACCACCUACGUCUGCCCCACCCCCGGCACCUACACGAUCGCCCCCAUCACCACUGUUGUCACCGUCGAGGAGACUGUCGUCGUCGUCCCCGUCGUCACGUCCUACAGCCCCGGCACUUACACCGCUCCCGCUGUCGUGACCACGAUCACCGAGACCAACGUCGUCAUCUACUGCCCCUUCACCAGCCCGACCCCUGUCCCGGUCGCCCCCACCGAGACCUACGCCGUCCAGAAGCCCAGCAAGACCAAGUCCAAGUCUGUGACCAAGCCCACCCAACCGCCCAAGCUCGGCUCGGGUGGCGACCAGUGGGCCAUCACCUACACCCCCUACACCGAAGGGGGUGAGUGCAAGAGCGCCGGUGCGGUCAUGCAGGACAUCCGGAAGAUCAAGAACGCCGGCUUCAGCACCGUGCGCGUCUACUCGACCGACUGCGACACGCUCCCCAACGUCGGCGCCGCGUGCCGCGCCGCCGGCGUCAAGAUGAUCAUCGGCGUCUUCAUCGGCGAGGUCGGCUGCGACAACGGCUCGCCCGACGUCGCCGAGCAGGUCGCCGCUAUCAAGAGCUGGGCCCAGUGGGACCUCGUCGAGCUCCUGGUCGUCGGCAACGAGGCCCUGUUCAACGGCUUCUGCACCGUCCCGCAGCUCGCGCAGCUCAUCACCCACGUCAAGAGCGAGCUCGGCUCGGUCGGCUACCGCGGCCCCUGCACCACCACCGACGUCGUCUCGGCCUGGGUCGGCAUGAACGUCCAGCCCAUCUGCGCCCUCAUCGACGUCGUCGGCACCAACGCCCACGCCUACUUCAACGACCACACCCUGCCCCAGGCCGCCGGCGAGUUCGUCGCCGGCCAGCUCAAGAUCGUUGAGCAGGUCUGCGGCAAGGAGGGCUACGUCAUGGAGUCGGGCUGGCCGUCCGCCGGCAACUGCAUCGGCAAGGCCUGCGCCGGCUACCAGCAGCAGGCCGCCGCCAUCACCUCUAUCAAGAAGGCCGUCGGCCACAAGGUCGUCUUCUUCAGCUUCGGCGACGACCACUGGAAGAAGCCCGGCGACUGCCAGUGCGAGCAGCACUGGGGCUGUGGCCAGCUCUUCGGCGCCUAGAUUUCGCCGAAGACUAGGGUGUGAGAGACAAGUCCGACCUCCGU